GAGAGAUGCACGAUACAAUGCUAGCAAUGCAAGCUGCUGCAACAUCACCAGCAGCAUCAUGUCCGAAGACAAGACGAUAAAGUACGAAAUCUUCUACGGUGUGUCGAGUCCGUGGGCCUGCCUCGGCGCCGGGCAGGCAUACGGCUUUGGACGCAAGUACGGCCUGACGGUGCACCUGCGCCCAAUCGUCGUGAUUGAGGCCAACGGCGGCAUCACGCUCGCAAAACGGCCGCAGGCGCGGCUCGACUACCAUGCUCUGGACCUUCGCCGCACCGCCGACAGGCUCGGCAUCCCACUCGUCUCCAAGCCAAAGUACUACCCGCUCGGCUCGAUCCUGAUCGCUGCGCAGGCCAUCAUCCGGGUCCAGCAGGCGCUCGGGCCCGGCGCAAAGGCCAUCGCGUUCAGCUGGGCGAUCCAGAACUCGCUCUGGCUCGAAGAGGGCAACGUGUACGAUGUCGAGCACCUGCGCUCGCUCGCCCGCCGCGUCGGCUUGGACGAGGAGCUCGUGCUCUCCGCCGUCGUAGACAACCGCGAGGACAAGUCCGACGCCGGCGUCCGCGAGUGGGAGCGUAACCUCGCAGACGCGGAGGCCCUGGGCAUCUUUGGCACGCCCAACUAUGUGGUCAACGGCGAGAUAUUCUGGGGGCGCGAUCGGCUCGACGACGCCGAGGCGAGGAUCCAGGAGCUGCUGGCAAAGGGAUACCGGGCUUUCCUCGCGAGCUUCCAGGCCGCGAUCAAGGAGGGCGCCGAUGGCAUCGAGUCGGACGUCCACAUCACGUCGGACGGCGUCAUUCUCAUGUUCCACGACCCGACGCUGGACCGCACCACGACGGGCACGGGCGCCAUCAAGACCCAGCCUUGGAAGGACGUUAUCGAGCAUGUGCGCACCAAGAAGGAGCCAGUGCAGCCGAUCCCGCGGUUCGAGGAGCUCAUCGACCUCCUCAUGAAGCCCGAGAACCAGCACGUCGUGCUCAACAUCGACUGCAAGAUGCAGAAUGACCCCGAGGAGAUGUUCCCCGCCAUGGCGAAGAUCAUCGAGUCCCACGACAACUGGGAGACGCUGCUCGCCCCGCGUCUGAUCCUCGGCCUCUGGCACCCCGUCUUCAUUCGCCCUGCGCUGGCCCACCUCCCCCGCCUCCGCAGGUAUCACAUUGGCUUGUCGCCGUCGCUCGCGCGCACGUACUUCUGGGACUCGUGCGAGGGCUUCUCGCUCAACUUUGCCAUGCUCGUCGGCGCCGAGGGCCAGCAGUUUAUCGCUGAUGCCCGCGCGGCUGGCAAGGAGAUCUGCGUGUGGACCGUCAACGACCCGAACGAGAUGCGCACGGCUAUCGGAUGGGGCAUCAAGGCGGUGCUUACGGACAAGGUGGCCAUCUUUAUGGAGCUCAAGAACGAGAUCAUCCAAGAUCCCACCAAGAUCACCAUCCCCGGAGUCUACGGCUACCUGUUUGCCUGGUCCAGCUGGCGCUACUACUCCACCACACACCUGUGGGUGGAGCGUAGCCAGUUGGACACGAUGCGCACCGUGUGCUACCAGCCCGGGCCCAUUGUCAAGGCCGACCUCUCGGGCUACGAGAGCGUUAUCGGUGACGGCUCGGCGGGUCACGAGGUUGUGGCGGCGGCGUAGGCGACUAGCCUCAACACGGCCGUUGUAAUGUAGGAGGAUAGAUGACACUGUACACAGAGUGUGCCCCGAUCUACGGGACGCCUGUUAAUAGACAUUAUGCAAGAGUAGGAG